ACUCAGCUGUUGUUAUUUACAGCAAUAACAACAACGCUAAACAAAUUUUUGGAAUAAUUUUGGUAUUUUAUAUAAGAAAUUUUAAACAAAUAUAAUAACUAGUUUGAAAUGCCCCGCAAUCCAAAUGCAGAAAGAGAUAAUCCUUGUCUAAAAGAGCAAGAAUUGUCCUACAAGUGCUUAAGUAAAAGCAACUAUGAUAGAGAGGCCUGCGAAGUUUACUUUGCCAACUAUAAAAAUUGUAAAGACUUUUGGCACAAAAUUCGUUCUGAUAGACGUGCUAAAGGUAUUGCUCCCUAUUUGCCGCCUGUGGAGGAAAGAGAAGCUAUUAAAGCGGAACAUAUGAAAACCAAACCAAAAGACAAUUAACACCUAAAAUGUAUGAUAUUCAUUUAGAUUUAUUGUAAAUAAAUAUUUUUUGUACAGAAA